AUGCAAUCCAUUGAUGCAGCAGUAUCAAUCGUGUUGGAUAAAACACCAUCCAGCCCAAAUCUAAAACUAAAGUAUGCCCAAGAAUUAGAAAUCAAAAAGAAACAAUUCGAAUAUUUGCAAGAUUUAUCAGAAUGUAAAAAGGAAUGUAUUCACUAUUUUAUAGAUGAAUAUCCCAUUCCGUAUCCUGAUGAUAGAAAUUUCAUAUUAGAAAUAGCCAAAAAUAAUCCUGAAUCUAUUGGAAAGUUACCUAAAGUUUAUUUGAACAAUGUUGAAUUUGUAAAGUUUUGUCUUGAUAAUGAUUGUUGGGAUUCGUGGACAUCAAUUCCAGAAGAAUGUGAAGAAUAUAUUGAAUUGGUGAAAAAAGCUGUAUUCAAGUAUGCCAAUAUGUAUGGCUCACUUUCUGAAAAUGUCAAAAGUCAAAUCGAUCCAAAAGAAAUGAUUGAACAUUGGAUGCACCUUCCUGAUAGAAGAUACUUUGCCAUUGAGAUGAAAUCUGAUUUCAAUUGGAAAGAAGAUGAAGAAGCAUUCGAUGCCUUACUUUACUCAAAGAAUAAUUUAGAAAUAGUUGGAAGAAAACCAGCUUAUUAUUCAGUAUUGCAAUGUGCACCUCAAUUCUUUGAUGAUAGAGAGUUUGUGAUGAGAAUUAUCGAUCAUGAUCCGAGUUCGUAUUUAAAGUGCUCUGACAGAUUGAAAAAUGAUAAGGAAAUUGUACUGAAACUUCUUUCUAAAAAUGGACAAUUGAUUGGUAAUAUUCCGCAAUGUUUAAAGGAUGACAGAGAUAUUAUUAAGGCAACUCUAUCGUCAUAUUCAGGAUACUUUAAUUAUUUAUCAGAAACUUUUAAAAUGGAUAGAGAAUUAGUUUUAAUUGCUUUGAGAGCACCUAAACCUUUUUUUGGAGCUCAAACAGUUGAUAAGAGUUUUUACAAUGAUCCAGAAAUAAUAGACUUGAUUAUAAGAUCAGGUUAUAUUGAAAAGAUUGAUGAUUUUUCAGAUUUCACAGUAGAUCAAAUUAAGGAUUGUGUUGAUUCCAAUACUUAUACGCCAGAGCUAAAAAAUUACUUUAGAAAUGCAUCAUUUUCUGAUUGUCUGGAAGUUAUAAAACACAAUCCAAGUAGUUGGACUUAUUGGGAUGGUUGUCAGGACUGUCCGUUCAUAGAUGAAUUGGUUUUGACCUAUAUCCAACAUUUGAAUCCAGAUUGGUAUUGUUUGCCUUACAGUUAUCAAUUCAAAAGCAUUGAACAAUUCAAGAAUAUUAUUCGAUAUGAUGUGAAUGGUGAAUUUUUACUUUGUAAUGCACCAAAGGAUGCAUUGAAUGAUAGGGAAAUUGCAAUGCACUAUGUAAAAUGCCGUCCGAAAACUGUUUUUCCGGAAUUAAGCCCAGAAAUGCAAUCUGAUCCAAUUAUUAGAAAGGAGGCAAUCAAGAAUGGAUUAUUGAAUGCAAGCUUUAUUCCAUUGAAAUAAUUAUCAAUUUAUUGACCCUAAUAAUUGUGGUGUUGGUUGAAUAAAUUUAAACAAUACCAGUAGAA